GAAGAAACCGCGACGCGUUUGUUUCCACCGAGUCAACUCUCUGAUAGGAGUGUCUGACUAAUGAAGUUCUAAUUUCACUACUGAGAUAAAUAAAAUUGCGUUGUGAUUUAGUGACAGUUUAUUUUUCCUACAUAUUUGAGAGUUUUAGUCGAUGUUCCUUCAGUCGGUUGUGUUGUUUUGACGGAAACUGAGGGGGUUUUGCUACUGUUUUGUCCCGACCACCGUGUCCUCUUACCAGACCUGAUCCAGCGGCGUCAUGAAGCUCUACAGCCUCAGCGUCCUCUAUAAAGGAGCGACCAAAGCCAACCUGCUCAAAGCGGCCUAUGACCUGUCCUCCUUCAGCUUCUUUCAACGCUCCAGUGUUCAGGAGUUCAUGACCUUCACCAGUGCCUUGAUUGCGGAGCGAACAUCUGUCGGAACCCGUGCCUCAGUCAAAGAGCAAGAGUAUCUUUGCCAUGUGUAUGUGAGAAACGACAACCUGAGUGCUGUGGUGAUCUCAGACUCUGAAUACCCACAGAGGGUCUGCUUCACUCUGCUCGACAAGGUAUUAGAAGAGUUUUCCAGGCAAGUGGACAGUAUAGACUGGCCGUCUGGUAAUCCUGACACUGUAAGCUACAAAGGUCUGGACAUUCACCUUUCGAAAUACCAGAACCCCAGGGAAGCAGACGCCAUGACCAAAGUACAAGCGGAGCUGGACGAGACAAAGAUCAUUUUGCACAACACCAUGGAGAGUCUGCUGGAAAGAGGAGAGAAACUGGAUGAUCUCGUGUCAAAGUCGGAGCAUUUGGGAAACCAGUCUAAAGCCUUCUACAAGACUGCACGGAAACAGAACUCCUGCUGUGAAAUCAUGUGAUGCUGCCGCCUCGUCCUUGUGGAAGCGUCUCUCUUUCUUUCUGCUUUUCCUACAACCCCCAUCAUGCACCAGCGAGGCACUCUCCACCAGGACGCUGUGUCAAUCCCAGAUGGGGAGCAGGAAAAACGGUGGCCGCUUUUAAACGCUACCUCUAUGUGAUGGGGGCUGAAGGACUGAAGGCGUUUAGUGGGAGGAAGUAACAGUUUUGAAUCAUGCUCCAGACCUUAUCAAAGGUGAAACAUCCGUGUGGCGACUCUGACCAGCUGAGAAUAUUUUAGCGUGACAUUAAGUACUGCCGGUGUGUCGUUAGAACGUCUUCAAACUAUUUAAUGUUAUUCAGGUUGAAUCUAAACUUAAUAUCUUGAUCUCUUAAACUUAUUGACAGAGUAUUAACCACGUGUGUGCUUUUGCAUCAAAGCAACUGACAAUCUCAUAUAUUCAACAUGUCAAAACUGGGUUCCUUGUAGCUAGAAGCAUAUAUGUCCAACAGGGGGCGCUAUCUUUAUGUGCUAUAAUCUCAAUUAGACUCUGAAGGACACGAUAUCAUAACUUUGCAGACUUUUAUGUAAAAUUUUAAGCAUCUUUGCAUUGCUACAUUUAGUUGCUUUAUUGCCUUUGUCUGUCUGAUGUUAAAUGAAGUCUUCAACAUUCCUGCCUUGGCUGAUUGUAUUGUGUGAUGAGACUUAAAGCUGAAGAGGAGUAGAAGAUUUGGUGUCAAAUAUAUUAAAAAUCUCUAAGCAUGUUAAUCAUUCUGAUAUCCAAAAUAUACACGUCACCUGAACAGAGUUUGGCCCGCUCAGAAAAAGCUGCACUCGUCUUUUGGUCCUCUCGAAACACGGAUCGCCCCCACAGGAGCCCACACCUGUCUGGGUGGGCUUUAGUCACCCCACUUCUGACUUUCACUUACAGCGAGCAUCGUUUGCUUCAUAUUUAUGUUGAAUUGAGUAGAAAAAGGAUUUCUGAUGAACCUCUGCCUUCAGAUCUGUGUUUCAGAUGUUUCUCUGCUCUCAUUGUGUACAUUUGUGAUCCAACAUACAGCUGCAGUCUGUGUAGAUUCUGAGUGCCUGUGUGUUUCUGUGUGUUGAGAAGCUUGGUGUGCCAUCUGUUGCUCUUUCUGCUUUUACAGUGUAAACUUUGGUGCAAUAUCUGCAGACUGUUGCUGUGUGUCUCUUUUGCAGUGCAGAGAAAAGCUCAAAAUGUUUCUCACAACGGACACUUGAUUAAACUUUGAUAAGCUUUACUUUUGACUAAGGUUGACGAGAGGCUUGUCCAGUGAGUUCCUUGUUUUGUUUUUCCAGAUCUUUGACUUAGUCUUUUGAAAACGUUUUUCUGGUGUUAUGCUGUAAGCUCCGGUCCAGUGGCCGCUGUGUUGGAACAGUGUGGUUUAAACAGUUUGCAUUAAAUGUUUUGAUCCAAAUGUGAGCUUCACUUUUAAAAUCAGAUGAUCACCUGUCAUUUUCUGUCUUUAUUGGUACUAGUUUAUUGCAUCAUGAGCUUGUUUGGAUUCUUUACAGAGCAUUUAUUCAUGCGCAGAUAAAAAUCAAAAUGCC